UUAAGGAAAGAGGGAAAAAAAAACAAGAGAGAGAAGAGCAAAAAGACUCGUCUUUUUUCGUUUGAAAGGUCAAUUUCUUUUGAGAAAAGAGGAGAAAGUAACAUUUGAUAAACCAACCCUUUCAUGCUUUGGUCCGCGUGCUUUAAUUUGAUGCAAAAAAUUAAAAUUCUGGCCCCUCUAAAUCAUUGUGUGUGUAUCUCUGUGUGUUAGUGUUUGGCCCCUCUCUCUCUUCUUUCUUUUUUUUUUUUUUUUGGAAAACCCUUUUAGCUGUGAGGGGUUCUUGAUGAUAGAGAGAGAGAGAGAGAGAGAGAGGAAGGCCCACUUGGAUUUUAUUUCUGUUACCUUUUGCAGUGUGGGUUUUGUUCUUUGGUUUUGGUUUGUUUAGUGCAUGCUCUCCUUGAUUGGUUGCUCUCACUAUACUAUUAGAUUCUCUGUAUUUUUUGUCUUGGCCUUUAAUAUUCUUCUGUACCCUCCAAGAAAAUUACUGAUGAGUAGUAAUUUCUUCUGCUGCUGAUUGUAUUUUCUUGAACUAGGGUUACUUGAUAUUUCCCCCCUUUUCUUUCCUGGCAAUGAAGCUGCUAUUUUUUGAUGGAAAGAUUCAAUUUUUAUACUUGGGUUCAUUUGUGGCAUUGAAUUAGAGAAAAAGAAGAGAUUUUUAUUAGACAUGGGUUCUGUUGAAGAAAAGCAGAAAGCUGGGGCUAAUAGUAAUAUGUUUGAAGGGAUGAAGUUGUUGAAAGAAGUGCAUGAUCACGCCGGGUUAAAGAAACCGAUAAAUUCUGAGCUUUGGCAUGCAUGUGCUGGUCCAUUGGUCACAUUGCCUCAGAUUGGGAGCCUCGUUUACUAUUUUCCGCAAGGGCAUAGCGAACAGGUUGCGGUCUCGACCAAUAGAACAGCAACAACACAGAUACCGAACUAUCCAAAUCUCCCCUCUCAGUUAUUGUGCCAAGUUCACAACGUUACGCUCCAUGCAGACAAAGAAACAGAUGAAACAUAUGCCCAAUUGAGCCUCCAGGCCGUGAAUUCCGAAAAAGAUGUUUUCACUAUACCCGACUUCGGACAAAAGCCUAGUAAACAUCCAACCGAAUUCUUCUGCAAAACUUUGACGGCAAGUGAUACAAGUACACAUGGCGGCUUCUCGGUUCCUCGUAGGGCUGCAGAAAAACUCUUUCCACAAUUAGAUUACUCAAUGCAGCCUCCAACGCAAGAACUUGUUGUCCGUGAUUUGCAUGAUAAUACAUGGACUUUUCGUCACAUAUACCGGGGACAGCCGAAGAGGCACCUUUUAACAACUGGUUGGAGUAUGUUCGUUGGUGCUAAGCGACUUAGAGCAGGCGAUUCGGUUCUGUUUAUCAGAGACGAAAAGUCACAAUUAUUGCUGGGAGUGAGACGCGUUAACCGCCAGCAAACAACUCUACCAUCUUCUGUUCUGUCUACCGAUAGUAUGCACAUUGGAAUCUUUGCCGCCGCCGCUCAUGCCGCUGCUAAUAAAACCCCUUUCACAAUUUUCUACAAUCCAAGGGCAUGCCCUUCAGUAUUCAUCGUUCCAUUGGCCAAAUAUAGAAAAGCUGUCUACGGCACACAAAUCUCUAUUAGUAUGAGAUUCGGAUUUAUGUUUGAAACCGAAGAAUCCACUAAACGGAGAUAUAUGGGCACUAUUAUAGGAAUAAGCGACUUGGAUCCACUAAGAUGGCCUAAUUCAAAGUGGCGUAGUCUUCAGGUAGAGUGGGAUGAACCUGGUUGCGGUGAUAAACAGAAUCGAGUUAGCCCGUGGGAAGUCGAAACUCCUGAAAGUCUGUUUAUAUUUCCGUCACUAACCGCCACUCUCAAACGCCCGUUUCACUCUUCUUUCAUAGGAGCUCAAACAGAAUGGGAGAAUUUGAUACAUAGGCCUUUCCCUCGAUUUCCCGAUAGUCCGCUUCAAUGUUCCUCAGUAUCGAACAUGUGGUCGGAUCAAAUAAAGAAGAUGCUUACAAGUGUAAAUAUUCCUGCACAAGAAGAAACUCAUCCUCAAAUAAUGGCGGGCCAAUCGAAUACCGCAUACACGAAAUUCGAACAUGUACUUGGUAAUGAUUUUACUGCCGCGAACCAGAAUAACGGGAUGCUGCAUUUGCAGACGAGUCCCUUUACGACACAGUCGUCGCAAUUCGAGACUCAUAUUCUUCAAACUCAACAAACCGAGCCAACCCAAAUCGAGUCUUCGAGCCAAGUUGACUUUCAUUCCUAUCGCAACCUAUGCAGUUCGUCUUCUCCAUCUGGAUCGUGUUCCAUGUUUAAGAAAUCUGAACAGUCGUCAGAAGCCGUUUUUCCCAUGUUGACUUCAGUCGGUCAAGAGAUGUGGGACCCACAUUUCAACAACACCGCAAAGUGUGUCUCCGAAGCCACCAAUAAUCUUCCCGUGCUUUUGCCUCAUCAAGAAAUGUCGGAAAUUCAGUACAAUUCGUGCGGUUUGAAUAUGAAAGACUUGUCGGAUGAAAACGGUGGUGACAUAUACAGCUGUCUGAAUAUCGACAGUAGUAACAGCGGAAGUACGGUUAUGGAUCCUUCCGUUUCCAACACUACUAUACUCGAUGAUUUCUGUACGCUUAAAAACGUGGAUUUCCCAAAUCAUUCAGAUAAUUAUCUUGUCGGAAACUUGUGCGAUGUCCAAUCCCAGAUUACUUCCGCCAGCCUGGCAGAUUCGAGCAAUGUGGAUUUCGACGAGAAUAUUCUCUUGCAUCAGGGCUCGUUUCAAACGCAGCAACUCCCUCCACGGUUCAGAACUUAUACCAAGAUACAAAAGGCGGGAUCCGUGGGAAGGUCGAUAGAUGUGUCGAGUUUUAAAGACUACAAGCAGCUCCGAUGUGAAAUAGAACGAAUGUUUGGUCUCGAAGGUUUGCUUAUCGACUCGUGUUCGGAGUGGAAGUUGGUGUAUGUGGAUUUCGAAAACGAUGUUCUUCUCGUUGGCGACGAUCCAUGGGAGGAAUUUGUGGGGUGCGUGAGAUGCAUAAGAAUAUUAUCGCCGUCGGAAGUGAAGCAGAUGGGAGAAGAAGGGAUGCAGAUUUUGAACUCUGUUCUUAGCUGAAGAAUCUGAUUUUAAGUAAACGGAAAAUAUAUUCAGAUGAGAAAUUUGCUGUAAUGUUUGUGCAUGCCUUGGAUGGAAUAUUCUUAUUAGAUUCCACGAAACUGUUUGUCAACGUUAGAUAGGAUAUCUUAAUUAGAGACUUGGUUCUAGCAUUUUUUUUUUGUUGUUGUAAAGUUGUGCGUGUGUUUGUUGUAAUUUGAAUUCUUUAUAAAAGCGCGUUUUCGGCAUUUGAUUUUAUGAAA